AUGAAUGGCAGAAGCAGCAGGCACUUUGUUUCCCUCAGUGCGGAAUCCACUACACUCUUCACACCAGCAGAACAAACAGAAUGCCAUGGCAGUGAAAAGCAGCCGCAGUCGCAUAUCCUGGAGCGAUUUCAGCCAAAGCGGAGUGUUCGGGUAUGUAUGGAGACAGAACAAGGAGGAGACAACCCAGACGCCGCUGCUCAGAUGACAUACUCUUCUGAUGAAUAUAUUGAAUUGAAGACUACCGUCGAAAAGCAAGAUUCUGUACCAGCUGAAGAGUCAACAACAAAGCAAGAAAUAUCAUUCAUGGCGGAGGCAGACUUACAAGUGAAACCAAAGGAAAAGCAAAGAAGUCAUGACUAUGAAAAUAUUCAGUCAGUUAAUAUAUUUAAACAUCUUCAACCCAAGGGUAUUGACCAUUUAUCCAUGACUUCAGAUCAAAGAAGCAAAACUAUUAUAAGUGGAGAAGAGGAAGCAGAGCCAGACUUAAAAGUGCCAUCAGGGGAUGACCAAAACAGAUGUUACGACAGUGAGAGCAAUCAGUCAUUGGUUGAAAAAACAAAGACGCAUGCAAGGAAUGGAAGAGAUGAAGCAAAACACCCCUAUGAAGCUGUUGUUUUUACUGCUACUGCUGCAUCUACUGCUGCUGCUGCUGCUGCUACUGCUGCUGCUGCUGCAUCUACUGCUGCUUCUGCAGCAUCUACUGCUGCUGGUGCUGCUGCUGUUGCUGCUUCUGUUGUGGAUAAACUGGUUCUACAGAGAAAAUCUGGAGAAAUCAAUAACCAGAGAUUUCUUAUUAUGGAGAAUACAGAGCAUGAUGGGCCCCGAAAGAAAACGUCUAAGAAAAAACAUAAGGUAACAAAAGAAGUAAGAGCUAUGGUUGAUGUAACUCAGUCAUCUAAACAAGUCUCAGAGGAUGAUUCUGGAAGUUCAUUAAAAAUACAGGAACCACUUAAUUCAUACAAUGCAUUAGUAGAUCUUCAAAAAAUCAAUGAACUACUUAGGAAAAAAAAUGAAAAAAUGGAAAAUGAGAAUAAUGCUUUACAGAAGGAGAUAUCAGAAACAAGAGAGGAGAAAUCAAAGUUAGAGGAUGAAAUAGUGGAACGGGAUGAAGAAUUACAGAACCUGAGGCUUACUUUAAGGAAAGAACUCGAGGAGACAAGAAAUAUUCAUCGCUUUUAUAAGAAUAUUAAGAAAUAUUUAUGUGAAAAAGAAAAACAACUCAAUGAAAGAGCUGCAGUAACACAGCUUGAGUCACAGCUGAGAACACGAGAUUUGGAACUGAAGAAUGCAAGGGACACCGUGAAGGAGUUGCAAGAAGCACAGGAUCAAUACAUAAAAGCUCUAAAAACUGCCCAGAAGAUGAAAGGUCACUUACAAAGGAUUGAACAGGAACAUUCUGAGUUAAAAGUUAAAGUAAAAGAGCAAGCUAGGCAAAUAAAAGAGCAUCGUGGAUGCCUGCAAAACUCAUGUCUAAAACUGGAGCAAAAUAAAAUAUCGGCAAGUGCUCAAGAAACUUCGGGGGAAUUACGUGAGAACAGCAUUUCCCCAAUGAAUCAGACAGGAACCCGAAUCCAAAGUCUGCAGUCUGAACCCUCCCAAAUGAAAACUAUACAAGACUCAAAUAUGAGAGCCCUGAAAAGUUACGAGCAACAGUGCAUAGAAGAAUUAAGGAUUAGCAAUGCAUUGUUAUAUGAACAAUACAAGUGAGUAACACCAAAGGAU